AAUUUGGUAAUAAAUAUGGGCCAGAAAGAGAGUACUCUCAACAGAGAUGGGAUCAGAAAUGACGACUCAGACGAUAAUUCUUCUGAAGGAGCCGACGAGGAGUAUAAGGGCAGGUAUUCCUGGAGCCAUCACACUAGCUCCAGACAUCAGAAAUCCAGAAGUAAAGAUAUGACAAGCACUUUAGGUGGUGGACAUACAGCCACCCAGAAUGCUAAUUUAGAGGGCAACCUUGGCGACAAUAAUAUUCUUUUAUUCCAACAAAAUGAAGUAAGCCUGGUUGACGACCCUGGAGAGCGUGAAUAUUACUCGACUUGCCCUAAUUGCUCUGCAAGAAUACUUGAAACAGGGUUGGAAUCAGAGAUUCUCUGACCAUUUUGUAGCUGUAAGUUCAAGUCGAACUCUAACUCAACUCUGCUUCUAAGCAACGGAGGCAUUAAACAAAGAUACUUGAAUAAAUCUGAGGAAGAUACUAAAUAUAACAGGUCGGCAUCAAUGCGUAAUUCUAUGCCUGAGCCAUAUCAGAUGCCUCCACCACUGCCUCACUAUGAAGAGGACGAUUACGAGGAGGAAGAAGAGGAAGAGGAGAAGUGUACCUUCGAAGGGAGGUUAGAGACAGCUCAAGGCCAGCUCUACGAUUUUGAGAAUAAUCUAAAUCAGAAUAUAAGCAAUGAAAUUAGUACAACUUGUGAUGAAAAGACUAAGGUGAAAUCCCUUGAUAGUGUCACAUUGCUUGUAAUCCAAGAAACUUUGUUAGAGGAUUUUAUCAUUACAGAUAAGAAGGAGCAAGAGAAGAAGCUCAGCAAUAUUGGAGGCGUAACUAUAGCCAGGGACUCUCCUGAUGGCGAGGAGAGCAAGGUCGAACUGAAUAAUGAAGAAGAAAAGAAGGAAGAGGAGCAGAACGUGACUGAAGAAGAGCCAUCCAUGGGCACACCUGAGGAAAGAGCUGCAAAGAAUUCUCUUAAAUCGGUGAAAUUUGAUCUUCUAAUCAAACAAAUUUUGUUGCCUUUUUUUCAGAUCCAAACGCGAAUUCUGCAAAAAGGAAAUGUGUUUGAAAUAGGAACGAUCAAAUUCUUGGUGGCUGCUACAACUCCUCAUAAACAAGGAAAAGUGACUACAAAGACUAAAAUUAGAUGAAAUAUGGUAGUCUCCCAAGAAUCUGCGAUGGAAAGUGUUGAACUAAUCCCGAUGAGAAGGAACGUGAUCCCCUCCACUAGUGAAUUUAUGAAUGAUGUGGUGAAUCCCUUCCUCUCAAAUAUCAAGCCAAAGGAGAUAUACACUCACAAGCAUGCGAUUAUCGAGCUAGAAGAGGUGAAGUUCUUGAUAAAGUACUCCAGACCAUUCUUUGGGUAUUUUAAUAGCGAGACUCGUGUUAGGAUCGAUGAUUACGCUCAAGCUCUCAAUUUUAUCAGAAUUGCUCCUAUCUGGAAAGAUGAAAAGACAUGCAAGGAGGUUAAUGAGAACUUCGGUGACUACGAGAAGCUCAUCGGCAAGAAGUACCUUGAAGUAUACUUCCACAGCGGAUUGUCACGAUUUGUUGAAAAAGGAGAAACCAUUUUUAUUGAGAACUUGGAGUUCUUCGUGAACGAUUGCAAGCCAAAGAUAGGAUACGUUGAUGAAAGAACCAGAAUUGAGAUCCAGACAGGCUUCACUCAGGAGAAUUUUAAAAGAAAGCAGAUCCAGGCUGAUAAAAACUUUGCCAAGAGGCUACAGCAUAAAGAGAGAAACAGAAGCCAACUCUAUCAACUUUCACAAGCACUUGAGAGAAGGGAAAAUUUAGAAGGAGAAGAGCUAUCACAGUUUGACCAAGAACUAUUAAGGAUGACAAACCAGCUAGGAGAAGAUAUCUCUGAUCUAAGAGAGAGACUGAAUAUUCACCGUCAACACAGACAUAAAUCAAAGAGAAAACCAGCUUCUCGGACUCUUGUUGAAAGUCUUCCUGAGAGAAAAUUCAUUAAAAGUACUGUGGAAGGUGCUGGAGAUAAUGAAGAAGCGAAUGUCAAGUGUAUGAUUUGAUUAGAAUUCUAUGAAGAUCAAGAGAUGCUCAAGACAUUACCUUGCAUUCAUUCUUUCCACAAGGGAUGCAUUGAAAACUGGUUUAAAAGAGGAAGAACUUGUCCUGUAUGUAAAUGGGAUAUCACCAAGCAAUCAGACAGCUCUAAUUUCUAAAGAGCUAAUCUGUCCGAAAAUGAUUGAUAAACAAACAAAUUCAAU